UGUAGGGGCGCUGCUCCACAACUCCUCUGUCUUCUUCUCCGCGCGCUGCACUGUCGUCCUGGCGUCACGCAGCGUCAGGUCAUAGUGCGCGCAUACGUGUACUAUGUCCUGACGAUGUGUCAGGAGGACAGUGCAGCGUGCGGGCCGGCGGGUGACCACGGAGCCGUGAGUAGUAGCAAGCGGUUCACUCCCGAUCUGUGGUCAAAUGACACAAACGAAUCCUCAAGGCAAAAAUUUUUCAUUGAGGAUUUUUUUGUGUCUAAUUACUCGAUUCAAUCGAGUAAUCGUUUCAGCCUUAAUUUAGACAUGAAAAUCCAGGAGACUUCUAUUCUUAAAUUAUUCCUGGUGAUGAAACAUGGGUCCACCACCAUGAUCCUGAGAGUCCAUGCAAUGGAAACACAAGGGGUCACUACCAACGCCAAAGAAAUUUCAUGUGCAGAAGUCAGCUGGAAAGAUCAUGGCAACAGUUUUUAUUGGUAUACAGAAGGCGUUUUAUUACUAGAAUUCAUGCCACACAAGACCACAAUUACUGGAGACACCUAUGCUUCAACAAUGAAGACUUUACAUGAGGCAAUGAAAGAGGAACACCGUGGGAAGUUGUCGGCAGGUGUGUUUCUGCUUCAUGACAAUGUGUCAGCUCAUAACCAUCCACCCUACAGUCGAGACCGGACUCCCAGUGAUCACUUUCUCUUUCGGAACUUGAAGAAACUUCUGUGUGGGCAACGAUUUCCUAAUGAUAAUGCAGUCAAGGAGGCCGUAACAGGGUUCCUGCAGCAGCAAGAAGUCUCCUACUAUUCUGAGGGCAUCAGAUCCCUGGAGGCAAUGUGGAAUAAAUGCGAUGAAGUCAAGGGGGAUUAAAAAAGUAGUAAGUUAAAUUUUCGCAGAAAAUGUUGUUUUCAUAUUCAGGUAACUUAGUGAAUACCCCUCGUAUCUGAAAGCAAAUCACUGCUGCGGAGGUUGGGCAGAGACCCAGCAUAUUGAUGUCACAGGAG